UUAGUAAAUUCAUUUGAAAAUCCACAUAAUCGUGGAAACAAAAAAUUGGCAAAAAAUGGCGUUUGUGCUAUUUCUGACCAUUUACCAACUUUUUGGUUUUUGAGUAUUUAAUACCAUUUUCAGAUGCUGCACAAGGGAAGGGGCAGGAAAAAAAGUCGCAGUAGGUGAACAUUGUUUGAACAUUCAGGCAGGUAGAAAUGAAGAAGUCAUCGCUUCCAUUGCAGAGUAAUAUCCGUCCAGAAAAGCACAAAUAUAGCAAGGAAUCCUUGACGAAGCUCUUAAGGUGGCAUUUUGGACAUUCCGAGUUUAGGGGAAAGCAACUGGAAACUAUUGAAGCUGUUUUAUCAGGAAAAGAUUGUUUCUGUCUCAUGCCCACUGGGGGAGGGAAAUCAGUGUGUUACCAGAUCCCUGCUCUAGCUUCGAACGGAAUGGUGCUUGUUGUUUGUCCUUUAAUAGCAUUGAUGGAAAACCAAGUGAUGGCCUUGAAGGAAAAGGGGAUUUCUGCUGAAUAUUUAUCCUCGACUCAGUCAACACAAGCCAAAAAUAAAAUUCAUGAAGAUCUCGAUUCUAGUAAACCUACCUUAAGGCUUCUCUAUGUUACACCUGAAUUAAUUGCGACAUCAGGAUUCAUGGCAAAAUUGAUGAAAAUUUAUUCUAGAGGAUUACUAAAUCUGAUUGCUAUAGACGAGGCGCAUUGUAUUUCGACAUGGGGCCAUGACUUCAGGCCUAGCUACCGCAAGCUUUCUUCUUUGAGGAGUCGUCUUCCUAAUAUUCCUAUACUGGCCUUGACCGCUACUGCUGUUCCUAAAGUGCAGAAAGAUGUGAUAAUAUCCUUGGCCUUGGAAAACCCUCUAGUUCUUAAGUCUUCUUUUAAUCGUCCUAAUAUAUAUUAUGAAGUUCGAUACAAAGAUCUUUUGGAUGAUCCAUUUGCCGAUUUGUGUAAUCAACUGAAAUCAAGUGGAGAUGUUUGUGCAAUCAUCUAUUGCCUAGAGCGUGCAAUGUGCGAUCAAUUGUCAGUUUAUCUAGCAAAACAUGGCAUUUCAUGCGCUGCAUAUCAUGCGGGUUUGAAGAAUGAGUUGAGGAAAUCUGUUUUAGAGGAUUGGAUAAGCUCUAAGAUACAAGUUGUUGUGGCCACAGUGGCUUUUGGGAUGGGUAUAGAUAGGAAAGAUGUCAGGGUUGUUUGCCAUUUCAAUAUUCCAAAGUCAAUGGAAGCUUUCUAUCAAGAGUCAGGUAGAGCUGGCCGUGAUCAAUUACCCUCUAAAAGUCUGUUAUACUAUGGAAUUGAAGACCGCAGAAGAAUGGAAUUUAUUAUAAGAAAUAGGUCCAGUGCUGAUAAGAAGAUCCUACCAUCUUCAAGCUCCCAAGAAAAGCAAUCGGAGAAGUCCUUAACCGACUUUACUCAGAUGGUUGAGUAUUGUGAGGGCUCCAGAUGUCGCAGGAAGCAAAUUCUUGAGAGCUUUGGGGAACAGGUUCCUGCAUCCAUAUGUAGUAGAUCAUGUGAUGCCUGCAAACACCCAAAUAUCGUUGCUGCCUAUUUGGAGGAGCUUACUACUUGUGCUGUUAGGCGAAAUAAUUCAUCUUCCAGAAUUUUUGUCAGCAGAUCGAAUGCAGACGAUGAAGAUGAGUUUUCUGAAUUUUGGAAUCUCAAGGAUGAAGCAAGUGGAUCUGGAGAAGAUAUAUCAAAUUCUGAUGAUGAUACUGAGGUUGUCAAAAGCCUAACUAGGAUGAAGUCUCUAAAGAAAUCAGGACUAAAUGAAAAGAUGGCACUUCUAGAGCGUGCAGAAGAAAACUAUUACCAGAACAAGAUUUCAGUUAAACAGAAUGAUAAACAUGACAAGAAUAGUGUAUCUACAUCACUUAGGAAAGCUAGCAGGGAGAGAUUAGAGAAUUCUCUAGAGCAGGCUCAACAACGGCUUGGGAGCACCAAGAUCGAAGUGGAAAGAUAUGCUUGUUUUCUUGAGCAUGAGUGCUACGAGAAAUAUGGAAGAGCAGGGAAAUCAUUCUAUUAUUCACAAGUUGCAAGUACAGUGCGGUGGCUGUGGACAGCAAGUUCUACAGAGUUGACCAAUCGGCUUAGCAUCGCUGAUAACCGUUGUUCAGAGAAGAAUAGAGAACUUCCUGCAUUGCCAUCGCCAUCCCCAGUGUUGGAUCUCCCGAAGUUAGUAAUGAGUAAUGAAGAAUUUUGUAGCAGCAACCUAGUUUUGGAAACUUCAGCGACUAAAGUGGCAGAGCGAAAGGCUUCCCCUGCUGUUUCUUUGCCUUCAAUUCCUUCAUUCUCAGAAUUUGUUAAUGGUAUAAAGGAAAAGGCGAAUCAAUCAAAUAAAUCACAUGGGCACUCCCUCAACAGAGAUGAAAAGGAUCCAGUGAAGAGGGGGAGGUUGCGGUAGACUUUCUUGUCUCCAAAAAUUUUCUUUUGUUUUGUUAUUGUUUUCUUGGGCCAACGAUGAAGAACAGAACUCAAAAGAUGGAUGAAUGAUAUGCUCAUGACAAGGAUGUCAUUGUUACUUAUUGUAAAUUGUUAAAAUUGAAGAGGUUUUGCUUGGAAA